CAUCAUAUACCCGAGCGUUGUUUUCGAAGAUGAACGCACGAGUGAGACAAACAUUUCAUAAAAACGCUUAAUUAAGGCUUUUGCAAGCUUAUAAGGUCCCAGUAGAGCUAUCUAGAACAGAGAUAAGCUUGAAAGGAUAAUAAGUAAUAGGAAAGAAAGUCCAUGUAACCUUAAGAAUUUUAGUGAUACUACAAUAACAAAUGAUCGGCCAAGAUGUCGGAAGAUUCAAAUUCAGCAAUUUUGGAUUCUAUUUCCAGUGUUACAGAAGGAUGUCGACUCCCAGUCCUAAUGUCCAGCUGCAGCGACUGGCGUAAGUCAGGAAUUUCAACAUUGGCAGAGGUCAUCAGCAUCAAGGACUGUGAAACAAAAAAACAGUUUUAUGUUCAUUACAUUGAUUAUAACAAACGGCUCGAUGAGUGGGUGGAUGAAGACAGACUGGACACAAGAAAGAUCCAGUAUCCCAGAAGGGACUUGGCCUCAGGAACUACGACCGGCCUGAACACACCAAAGAAAACACUGACAGGAACCACCAACUCACGACCCUCAUCUCCUGGACUGACACCCGAUCCAAUAACUGGCCCCUCAGUGUUAGCUGCCUUACAACAAAAGCAACAGAAAAAUAGAAAGAGGAAACUGGACCAGUCAGAGGAGGAAGAUGGUCGGAGAUCGUCAAUUGGCAGUGGAAGUGGAGUAGGGGCAGGAGCUGUAGCAGGAUUAGGAGCAGGAGCUGGAACAGGAGGUGGAGUGGGAGGGGGAGGAGGAGGUGGAGGUGGAGGUAGUGGAGGUGGAAGUGGAGGUAGUGGAGGCGGAAGUGGAGGUAGUGGAGGCGGAAGUGGAGGUAGUGGAGGCGGAAGUGGAGGUAGUGGAGGCGGAGGUGGAGGUGGAGGCGCAGCCGUAGGCGCAAAUGCAGGCGCAAAUGCAGGCGCAAAUGCAGGUGCAGGCGCAGGUGCAGGCGCAGGUGCAGGUGGAGGUGGAGGUGGAGGUGGAGGUGGAAGUGCAAGUUCCAUUGGCGGAGGUGCUUCACUCAAUACUGGUAGUGGUGCACUAGCAACACUCGGAGGUUCUCUGGGAGGGUCCAUUGGUGGGGGUGGCAUGAACAGCUCCAUCAGUAACCUGGGCGACAUUGAAAUCCCAAAUGUGUUGAACCAGCAGCAGACUGUUCCCAGGCAGACUGGCUCAUUGGCCACACACUCAGAUGACCAUGCUAUCACACGCAUCAAGAACAUGAGGAUGAUUGAGCUAGGAAAAUACCGUAUCAAGCCGUGGUAUUUCUCACCAUAUCCACAGGAGUAUACAAACUUAGACUGUAUUUAUAUAUGUGAAUUCUGUCUCAAGUAUAGAAAGAGUAGGAAAUGUUUGGAAAGACAUUUGCAAAAAUGCCCCUUCAAGCAUCCACCAGGCAACGAAAUAUACCGCAAAGGGUCCAUAUCUUUUUUCGAGUUGGAUGGCCGGAAAAACAAAUUGUAUGCGCAAAAUUUGUGCCUUCUAGCAAAGCUUUUCCUAGACCACAAGACGCUGUAUUACGACACAGAUCCUUUCCUCUUUUAUGUUAUGACUGAAUACGAUAAUCGAGGAUAUCACAUAGUUGGAUACUUCUCAAAGGAAAAGGAAUCCUCAGAAGACUACAAUGUAGCCUGUAUUUUAACCCUUCCACCAUAUCAGAGGAAGGGGUAUGGCAAACUACUUAUUGAAUUUAGUUAUGAAUUAUCAAAAUUUGAAGGUAAAACAGGGUCUCCUGAGAAACCGCUCAGUGAUCUAGGACUACUCUCGUAUAGAUCUUACUGGAAGCAAACAAUAUUGGAGAUUCUCAUCGCCCUAAAGCCACAAGAAGGGCAGGAAAAACCACAACUCACGAUAAAUGAAAUCUGUGAGCAAACCAGCAUAAAAAAGGAGGAUGUGAUAUCUACUCUCACAAACUUAGAAUUAAUUAACUAUUACAGAGGGCAGUAUAUAUUAACGCUUAAUAAAGAACUUGUGGAGAACCACAAGAAAGUGAUGGAAAAGAGAAAGAUUAGAAUUGACUCCAAAUUUUUGCACUGGACUCCAAAGGAUUGGGCAAAGAGGGGCAAGUGGUAGUCUGCUGUGAUAAAUCUAUUCUUAGGAAAAAAAGAAGAAAAAAACAAAGAGAAGUAAAUUUUAUAGUACAAAUUGAGAACGAUUAUUUUGUAUCCGUUCAUUAUUUUACGGAGUAAGAUAUUGGAGUUUGAUUGUAUAUGUAAAUUUGAAUUUGGUGUAACACGUGCUGAAAAUGGACAAAUUUGCAAGAGGUGAAUUCCCACAAGAUGAACAAGGAAAUGGAAGACAACAGACAAUCUCAGGCUGAUAGUACUUGUAAUUUCAGUUUCUUGUGAUAAAAUAAACUCAAAGGGGAAA